CAUACACGUCGACCUACUCCAUACACAAUUCAUAUUGAUCGAUAAUCGUGACCAGCGACUGUACAGGAGCAGGGAACGGCAGAACAGGAUUCGAAACCACACUCUGGCGAGAAACUCGAUAGCGGCUUGAAGUGAAACUGCUGACGGGGCUUGCGUGCAACCAAGAGCGAAGCUUCCACUUUCUCGGUCUUCCUCCCACCCAACCUCCCUCGCCUCCUCCCACGAUGGAUCCCGAACGCAAUGCGCCCCAUCCAGAAGGCUCUCUGAGUUGGCGGCUCAGUUCUCACCCCAUUACUCUGCUGACGUUCUUGGGGUUCCGGAUAUCAAGCGUGCUCGUGUACUUCCUCGGUCUUUGGAUCAUCAAAAGCAUGAUCAUGAUCUUCAUCAUCACCAUCCUCCUCCUCGCCGCGGACUUCUACUACCUCAAGAACAUCGCCGGGCGCCGUCUCGUGGGCCUGAGGUGGUGGAACGAAGUCGACCCUUCGACGGGCGACUCGAAAUGGGUCUUUGAGAGCAGCGAGCCGGGGACCAAGAUCAUCAAUGCGACCGAUAGUCGCUUCUUCUGGCUUGCGCUCUAUGUGCAGCCUCUGCUCUGGCUGUUGCUGGCCAUUUUUGCUCUAGUGAGGCUACAGUUUUUGUGGUUGCCUCUCGUGGUCAUUGCUCUCGUCUUGACCAUCAUGAACACCCUCGCCUUCUCCCGCUGCGACAAGUUCAGCCAGGCCUCCAACAUGGCAGGCAGCGCGUUCUACUCCGGCGGCCUCGCGGGCAACAUUGCGUCCAACAUGGUUGGCCGCUUUUUUAACCGUGGUUGAAGCUACCCAUUCAGGCGUUGGAAAUGAAAACAACGGGACAUGCGAUGGUAUAUGAUUAUGGGUCACUGGGGUCGCAGGCCGACGAUAUCUCCUAUUUCGAACGGCCAAAAGGUUUCGGGCUCUGAAUAGCCUCGAACUCGUGGGACGCAAAGAGAAGGAGACAAGACGGGAAGAAGGACAAGGGCAUAGGGGUAUAGGGUUGUUGGUUACCUUCAUGUUCCACUCUCGGCGCCAGACAGUUUGUCUUUUUGCGGGGCUUUAUCAAUACCCGCUGAAGUACCAGAGGGAGGUAUGCGAACGGCUUGUCUUUUUCGUUUUCUCCAAAAUUGAAAUACUUCAUGCCAUCUUGACAGUCAUAUGAACUACAUGUAAGGGUAUAGGGAGUAUUCCUGAUGUUUAUGCCGUCUCAUAGCAGGACAUAAGAGAAGAUAACAUACAGCAAUCAUGAGUGGGUGC